AUGAAAAAAAUGUUAGAAUUUUAUACGAAUAUCAAUUCGGGAUUGAUGCAGGACGGCAUGCAGCCUCCGCUCUCGUGUGCCGGAAGAACAGAACUAAGCGCGAGCAUCAAGAGGGAGAAGAUAGUUGAAAUAUGCGAAGGCUGUGGCCAGAAAAUCCAAGAUCGUUAUCUUAUGAGAGUAGGAGAACUUUCAUGGCACGAACAUUGCCUCAGUUGCUGUGUCUGCGGCUGUCCGUUAUCACACACCUGCUACACCAGAAAUGCAAAACUCUACUGCAAACCCGAUUACGAUAGAUUAUUCGGCGUCAAAUGCACCAGAUGCGGCGACAGGCUUCUUCCGCAAGAAAUGGUCAUGAGAGCUCAACAAUAUGUGUUUCAUAUACAAUGCUUCGUGUGCGUUAUGUGCUGUCAACCCCUGCAAAAAGGAGAACAAUACGUUGUCAGAGCUGGCCAAAUCUUUUGUAGACAAGACUUCGAAAAGGAAAUGUAUCUGAUGCAACAUGCCGAAGAUGAUAUGAUAAUAGACGAUUCAGAACGGCCUAGGGACGGACGGCGUGGACCAAAACGCCCAAGAACGAUUUUAACCUCAGCUCAGCGCAGGCAAUUUAAAGCCUCCUUCGAAGUGAGUCCUAAGCCUUGUCGAAAAGUACGUGAAGCUUUAGCCAAAGACACCGGCUUAAGCGUCCGAGUUGUACAAGUUUGGUUCCAAAAUCAACGAGCAAAGAUGAAAAAGAUACAACGUAAAGCGAAGCAGGAAGGCGACAAAAAUGCUGAUAAAGACAAAGAUAAGGACGAGAAGAGUAUCAAACAAGAGUCGCCAUCUAGUGAUCACGGCAACUAUCUCGGGCUUGACGCUGCUUACUCUGCAUCCAGCCAACCUCUUAACCCCAACCUACCUUAUUCUCCUGAUGAUUAUCCAGUCCAUUCUGGAGAUAGCUUCUGCAGUUCAGAUAUAUCUCUAGAUGGAAGUAAUUUCGAUCAACUCGAUGAAGGUGCAUCUGACACAAUGAGCCUCCAGAAUUUGGAGGUCAAUCAUCACGGUCACAAUCAUUCGAACCAUGGCAAUCAUGAACCCCUUAAUCUUGGUACGGGUGCCGUCGUAAAUCCAAUAGACAAGCUUUACCUGAUGCAGAAUUCCUACUUUAGUACAGAACAUUGA